CCGUGCGGGGAAUUUUCAUCAGUAUCACUUAAGCUGACAAAAUGAGUGGACGCGGGAAAGGAGGAAAGGGACUCGGAAAAGGAGGCGCUAAACGGCACCGUAAAGUUCUCCGUGAUAACAUCCAAGGCAUUACUAAGCCUGCUAUUCGCCGCCUGGCCCGUCGCGGUGGUGUGAAGCGUAUCUCCGGCCUGAUUUACGAGGAGACCCGCGGUGUACUUAAGGUGUUCCUGGAGAACGUGAUCCGCGAUGCAGUCACCUACACUGAGCACGCCAAGAGAAAGACUGUGACCGCAAUGGAUGUGGUGUAUGCUCUUAAAAGGCAGGGCCGUACUCUAUACGGUUUCGGAGGUUAACACUACUGUCUUGAUUAUAACACAACGGCUCUUUUAAGAGCCACACAACUCUUCUUAAGAAAUAAGUGUUCCAACUUUACAAUUAGUGGCUUGGGUACACCGAAUUUUGUGAAGCUGUUAGAGUGCUAAUGAGACUCUUAAAUAUUGCAACGUGAUUGUACAUAGAACUUAUGGGCAGUUGAAACGACCGUUGUGGCUUUAAGUAACUCGUCGGGCUGGCUUCGUGCCCCAAACAAACAUGGCGGCGCCGCUGACGUGAAGUUAACAAUGUUAACUUUUUUCACCUAGCUUUCCAAUAUCCACUUUUCCUAACCUUUAAAUAACUGUCUUGCUCAUUUCUCAAUGAAACUCAAUUUCCCUGUAAAACCUAAAAUUCUGCUGAUUAGUUGCCUUGGGACAUAACUUUUUUUUUUAAACAAAAUGGAUGCCAUAGCGCGCUAUGACGUAGUCUCUAGAAAUGGCUUCUAAUCCGGUGGCUCCAGAGCUGCGCUGUGUUUGUGAUUUUAAGGUGAACAUUAUUUAGAGUGAUAUCAGAAAAGCAAGUUUAAUUAAAAAAAACCUUCACUUUUUUCUCCUGUGAAACGUUCUCUAAAAUGACAAACUUUUGAUGUUUCUAAUUUAAUUUCUUUCACCACAGAGCCAAGUAAGAAAAGUAUGGCAGAGUAGCUAAAAAAAAAAGUUGAUAUAGUUUAUGUAUAACCCCUGUGCAGCAGACAGCAUUUUCCCGUGCUCUUACGAACAGUUUGUAACCGAAUUUUUCAUAAUCAGUGACUAUUGACUUGUGAAGUGUGACAUUAGCUCUUCAGAUGUAGUUGUGUGGCUCUUAAAAGAGCCGUUGUUGUGUAUAAAGUGGUCUCGGAUCAGCUUAAGCCCUCUCUCCGCGGAUGCGGCGGGCUAACUGGAUAUCUUUGGGCAUGAUAGUGACCCUCUUGGCGUGAAUGGCGCACAGGUUGGUGUCCUCGAAUAAACCGACCAGGUACGCCUCGCUUGCCUCCUGCAAAGCCAUAACAGCAGAGCUCUGGAAGCGCAGGUCGGUUUUAAAGUCCUGAGCGAUCUCCCGGACCAGGCGCUGGAAGGGUAGCUUGCGGAUCAGCAACUCAGUAGAUUUUUGGUAACGGCGGAUCUCCCUCAAAGCCACGGUUCCGGGCCUGUAGCGGUGAGGCUUCUUCACGCCACCGGUGGCCGGGGCACUCUUACGGGCAGCCUUUGUAGCGAGCUGCUUUCUGGGAGCCUUUCCUCCGG